UCCGGACAUCUCCCGUCGGUUUUGCUCUUGGAGAAAGCGCGUGCAGAACGCGGGCCAACCUGUGCAGGUACGGCGAUUAAAAACCAGCGAAUCGGGAGCGCGGGGGUCUCGGCGUGGGGGCGACAGUAGCGGCGGUGGCCGCCAGCCGCGAUGGGGGGUGGGGUUGUCGUUGCAUUGCAGUGCAGUUAUCUCAGCUAAAGCAUCCGGGACAGAUGGCCUUCCAAGCUCUGCUUAAGAACCUUGCGACGAUACACAUGCGAAGCUAAGCAAGGUCCGGUAUGGUUUCAAAUGGGUUGGGGGGACAAGUGGCGACAUUCCUGCAUCGCAAGGGGUUGGACGAGAUGACCCUCGCGGUCCCUUCCAACUCCACGCAGUUUUUCUUGAAAGGAGCGAGAGCACAGCCUUUUUACCUUGUAUGGCUACAGGAAAGAUGGAAGCCGGAUCAAAAUCCGAAGAAGAGCAUUUGGACUCUCCCUACCCGCAUGUUGACCUUGAGCAAAGGGAGGCAUCAGGUAAGCGCAUCUCCUUUGCUCCAAAUCUGGUAACCUUAAUGUAACCCCCCCCCCCCCAAAAAAAAUGUAUUUUCUAUAGUUAAGUUUUUACCUCUAUCUUCAGUACAUUUUAUUUUAUUGCUAUGGCUAGUGGCGGAUGCAAGUAAAGAUUCUUCUGUUCUGCUCUGCCUUUCGACCAGAAUGUAUGAGCUGAGUAGAUUAAGCAGAUCCAAUGUUUGGUUUUUGCUGGGGAAGUAAAAGGGAUUCACUUUCCCCCAUGAACCCUAAUAAUAAUAAUAAUAAUAAUAAUAAUAAUAAUAAUAAUAAUUUAUUAUUUGUACCCCGCCCAUCUGGCUGGGUUUCCCCAGCCACUCUGGGCGGCUUCCAUAGAAACCAAAAACCACUAAAAUAUCACACAUUAAAAACUUCCCUGAACAGGGCUGCCUUAAGAUGUUUAAGGAGGCCUAAUCUUGCCUGCUCUUCUUAAGUUCUCACAAAUGCUUAUGAGUUUAGCUGUUCUUUUUUCCCUUUCCGCUGUAGCAUCUCCCAAGAUCUGGAAAUACCUAUCAAUUAAAGAUAUUCUCAUAGGCAUCCUCGUUUUCCUGGUCAUCGCACUUACCAUUACCAUUAUAGCAGGUAAGUUUUCUGAACCUCAGUGUUACUCCCUUAAGCUUUUUCUCUUCCCUCUUGGGUCUGAGGUAGCUGCAUGCCUUCAGCCAGCUUCUCAAAAUCAGAACUUUGGCUAUUGCCUGGCUUUCAGCCACUGCCAUGUCUGACAGCCUUGCCCCAAAUCAGCAGUUCAAUGAUCCAUAUUCUUACAAGGACACACUGAGACCAUGUGCUUUGGCCACAGAUGGGAACAUCUGGCAUUGGGGGGGAAGAGAUGCUUAGCCAGAGGGUUAGAGCAGGGGUUGGCAACCUAAGGCCCGGGGGCUGGAUCCGGCCCAAUCACCUUCUCAAUCCGGCCUGCGGACAGUCCGGGAAUCAGCGUGUUUUUACAUGAGUAGAAUGUUUCCUUUUAUUUAAGAUGCAUCUCUGGGUUAUUUGUGGGGCCUGCCUGGUGUUUUGACAUGAGUUGAAUGUGUGCUUUUAUUUAAAAUGCAUCUCUGGGUUAUUUGUGGGGCAUAGGAAUUUGUUCAUUCCCCCCCCCCAAAUAAUAAUAAUAAUAAUACAGUGGUACCUCGGGUUAAGAACUUAAUUUGUUCCGGAGGUCUGUUCUUAACCUGAAGCUGUUCUUAACCUGAAGCACCACUUUAGCUAAUGGGGCCUCCCGCUGCCACCACACCGCUGGAGCACGAUUUCUGUUCUCAACAUGAAGCAAAGUUCUUAACCCGAGGUAAUAUUUCUGGGUAAGCAGAGUCUGUAAUCUGAAGCGUAUGUAACCUGAAGCGUAUGUAACCCGAGUUACCACUGUAUAGUCCGGCCCCCCACAAGGUCUGAGGGAUAGUGGACCGGGCCAUGGCUGAAAAAGUCCCUGACCCCUGGGUUAGAGGGUGGUAUGGUGGUGAGGUCAGAGCAGUGCGGAUGCACCAGCAGAGCCUAUCUGACACUCCUGCACAGUCCUGACCUCGCCACCUUCUCAGCACCCAGAUAACACUGGUCAACAACAAAUUUGUUGUCUGCGUUUUUUCAGUUGAUUUAGGACGAAUCUGAUGCGCUGAAUCCAAAAAUCACAUUGGUUUUGCUCAAUCAGGUCAAGUUUUUGAGCUAUGGCCACAUGUCUUUUUUUACGUUUUUGUUCACAUGUACGCUUGUGUGGAGCAUUUUAGAAGAAAUUGGUGGGGGUAAAAUGCCAUGUCGAUCUGGGCGCUGAGAAGGUGGUGAGGUCAGGGCUGUGCAGGACUGUACUAUUUCUGGGUUAGCGGAGUCUAUAACCUGAAGCGUAUGUAACCUGAAGCGUCUGUAACCUGAGGUACCACUGUAUGCUUCUCCAAAUGGGUGGUUUGGGCAGGUUACCCCAGUUUUCUAUUCCUUCCACAGUGACAGCCCCCAGAGAAGCCAAGCAACCGGGUCAUCAGCUGGUUCCCUCCGCGCUCUGCGGUCUACCAUGUCCACAUCACUGGAUUGGCUAUGCGGGAAAGUGCUAUCACUUUUCGAAGCAGAAAAGGAAUUGGAACUCCAGCAGAAGCUACUGCGAGUCACACAAUGCCUCCUUGGCUAGGAUUGAAAGUGAGGAGCAGGUAAGAGAGGGGUCCUUUGGCACCAAGGGGGUGAUGCUUGUCCCCUCUUAGGCAGCAUGAUGAAAUGAGUCGCCUUAUCUAUGAAGUUAACUACGCCUUGUAACCUAGAAUAUCUUGCAGAAUUUCAGUGGCUGCUUUAAGGGCAAAGUGACUUUGGUGUUGGAGACGAUCUGGAGAAAUGAUGGAAAGAAAGAAAGAAAGAAAUAUAUAUAAUCCUUGCUUACCAGGCGAAAAAGCACAUGGGGCACGGAAAAUAAUAAUAAUAAUAAUAAUUUUAUUUACAGCCCAUCUGACUGGGUUGCCCCAGCCAAUCCGGCGGCUUCUAACAUAACAUAAACAUACAACUAUGCAUCACACAUUUUUUAAAAAACCCCACUCCUGUCAUUUCUCUGCUCUAAAUUUCCUACUCCUGGUGCUGCUUCACUUAAAAAAAAAGAAGGUGGGUCACUAAACUCCUGGUUUAUAUGACAUAUCAUGCAAACCCCACGAGCAAUAAGAAUAUUAUUCUACAGAAAAAGAAGUAACUUCCACUGAGUUCAACAUAAUCUCUGAUAAGUGUGUGUAAGGGGUGGGAGUGGAUCCGGCCAAGAGUUCAAAUCCUGACUGCCUGUGGGCAACUUUGACAGCUGGGGAGCAAAGGCACAGGGCUUUGCAGGUGCCAACUGAUAAAGCCAAGGAUAUAACAGGUGGAUGUGGUUGGGCCAAACAGAGUCAUGGGGAAAUUAGGACCCAGCCCAGGCCUAGUUGGGUCCAUGAACUGGAAGUUUAAAGGAUUAGCUACCAUUGUAUAUACACCAUGGCAGCCGCUGGGAAGUGAAGAAAAGGAUGGGGAAAGAGAAAAGGGUGUUGGAAACAGGGAGAAAGGAGGGGCACUGGUGAAGUUGUGGACUCUCCUUCCUUGGAGAUUUUGAAGUAGAGGUUGGGCGGCCAUCUGUCAUGGAUGCUUUAGUUGAGAUUCCUGCUUUUGGGGUUGGACUAGAUGACCCUCGGGGUCUCUUCCAACUCUACGAUUCUGUGACCAUUGGCUUUCUCUCCACCCACAACAAGCAUGUGGCUUCAAGACAUUACCCCAAAGGGAAUACAGCCCUUGAAAGAAAAAUAGGUUGCCCACUCCUGCGUUACACAUGCUAGGGAGCAAGCCCCAUUGAACGCAUUGAAAUGAAUUUUAUAUAUUAUUAUUGUAUAUUAUUAAUAAUAACAACAACAACAAUAAAAUUUUAUUUAUAUCCCGCCCUCCCCAGCCGAAGCUGGGCAACAACAAUAAAAGUAACACAGUUUACAUAAAAUCACAACCAAUUAAUUGAAAUGCAUUCUAAAAUCAAUUCAUUCUAAAAUCAAUUCAAAAUCAAAUUAAUGGCCACCAUGACUGUUAUCAUCAACUAGGUGUACUUGCUGACAUUUUCAUCUGACAUGUUGACUGCGUGUUUACUGGCCGAAGUGCUUAUCUGUGAAUAGCGCAGGGCAGAAUUCUAACAUCCAUUUUCUCUGGUCUUCAAAGGAGUAUGUGAAGCGUCUUGCUGGCAACCAUGACUUCUGGAUCGGUCUCAGAAGAGACCCAGGUCAACCCUGGAAAUGGCUAAAUGGAGAAAAUUCAACGUGAGUCCCUUUCAGUUUUCGGUGCUGAGGCGUCAGCAACCAAAACUUCGCCAAUUCACUGUUAACGGGAUGGAUUCUGUGGCUGUUAUUCUUCCCAGUAUAAUUCUGAAUCAGAUGUCAAAAUUUAUGCGCAGCUGAAAGCCAGGCGCAAUACCAAAAAUACCGAAUAAGAAACUCAGUUUCAUUGAAUCUCUGUAGGUAAACAGUUCCCUUUAUCUUUCAUAGUUUGCUUUCUUUCAUAGAUUGCUUUCCCCUACAAUAAGUCCAAGCAACGGAUGGAUUUAUAAACAAUAUUUAAAAUAAGAAAGCAAUGGCAGACUUUAUAGGGAUUUGUUUAUUAUUUUUGGUGUACUGUCAAUAAUCUUGACGCAUUUAUGAUAUGCUGACGGCUGCAACCUUAGAUAGAGGAAAAACCUGAAAAAUUGUAUGAACCACAGUUAUGACAAGUGAUUGAGGCCUGUUGAAGCAUUCAUAUCUUUGGUCAUCAGUUUCAUGAAAAUCAGCUUGUAGAGGCUCCGAGGGCCUUCUGGAAGUUCCCUCACUGCAAGAAGAGAGAUUACAGGGAACCAGGCAGAGGGCCUUCUCAGUAGUGGCCCCCGCCCUGUGGAACGCCUUCCCAUCGGAUGCCAUGGAAAAAAACAACCAUCUGACUUUUAGAAGACACCUGAAGGCAACCCUGUUUAGGGAAGUUUUUAAUGUUUUGUCCCUUUUUAUUUUCAUGAUUAAUAUUCUGUCAGGAGCCACCCAGAGCGGCUGGGGAAACCCAGCCAGAUGGGCGGGGUAUAAAUAAUAAAUUAUCAUUAUUAUUAUUAUACAGUGGUACCUCGGGUUACAGACGCUUCAGGUUACAGAUGCUUCAGGUUACAGACUCUGCUAGCCCAGAAAUAGUACCUCGAGUUAAGAACUUUGCUUCAGGAUAAGAACAGAAAUCGUGUAGUGGCGACGCAGCGGGAGGCCCCAUUAGCUAAAGUGGUGCUUCAGGUUAAGAACAGUUUCAGGUUAAGAACAGACCUCCGGAACGAAUUAAGUUCUUAACCCGAGGUACCACUGUAUUAUAGUAGAGAUGUUUCAACAAUGAGCUUGUUUCCUUUUACUAAACUCUGCUUACAUCUCCAUCCUUUUCUGGGCCAUUUUAUUUUAGUCCGCCAGGUUUUUCUCCCGCCCACCACCUUUGUGCUAGACUUUAGAAAAAGCCUGAAGAAAGAUCAUCUUGAGCUAUGUGCCUGCUGCUUUGAUACAGGUUUGUGAUGCUUUGUGUUGCAGACUCAGAAUUGCAGGAAAAGGUGGGGAAUGUGUCCAUCUCGACAAUGAAGCCAUAGCUGCCGCCUCGGGCUGCCACACAGAACUUCCUUGCAUCUGCAGCAAACCUUCUGCAUGUACAAGUUCUAAUUGUUUAUCAGCCUCAUAGCCCAAACACUGGAGGAGAGCUGGAGUGAGUGAGUAAAGUCAAGAAAAUAAGGAGCCAAGAUGACGAAUGGAUGAACUGGGUAGGAUACCACCCUAAGUAUGGCUAGGAAUUUCUUCUUAAAUGCAAAUACACUCAGAAUUUGUACUAUUUGGGCAGCCUUGGAGGCUGCUAUUAGAUACUCCCAGCAACUGCAUUGUGGAGCAUCUAGUAGGAUGGGGUACAAUUUAAACUAAUUAUCUCGUAUUUGAAAAAUACUCAGCCAUGCAGUUAGAAUGCUUAGAAGGAGUGAUACUAAAAUGAAAUGGAAAUGGAGUUCAUCGUAAGGGAAAGGACAACGUGCACUUAGAAUUUUGCCA